CUUUGCCAGUAGAAAUUACAUGGGCAACUGCUUGUGUAGGAGGAAAAAAUAAUGCUACAAUUUUUGUAUUUGGAGGAAUAAAUCGGUAUACGAACUCACUAUCUGAUAAUAUGGAUAAAUUAAUUAAUACAUUUGAUACAAUAAGUCAAAAAUGGUCAACUCCGCAAAUCGAAGGAGAACCACUUCGACGUCUAAAUUCACAAGCAGUUAUUGAUACUGAAGGAAAGAUGUAUAUGUUUGGAGGAUACUAUGCAUUCGGAAAUAAUACUGAAUUUUUUCAAGAUAUGAUUAUUUUUAAUACAAAUUCCAAAUCCGCGAAAGAUAUUCAGGAUCGAAGUAGCCAUUCAGCUGUUUUAACAUCUGAUGGUCGUAUAAUAU